AUGGCGGACCGGCGUCGGCAGCGCGCCUCGCAGGACAGCGAGGACUCGGAUUCGGACUCGGCCGCCUCCGACAGCGGCGCCUCGGCCGCCAGCGCCGCCCGCUCCCCAUCGCGCUCCGGCUCCGGGUCCCGCUCCGGGUCCCCGCGGCCUCAGCACCGCCCUCCGCGGGGCGCUGCCGGAGCCCUCAGCGCUGGGCCGCGGGGCCGCGGCGGCGCCGAGAGCGCUGCGGGGGGAGCGGCCAAGAGCGCGCCCGAGUCCGAGUGUGAAAGCGAGGAUGGCAUCGAGGGAGACGCUGUGCUCUCGGAUUAUGAAAGCGCCGAAGACUCGGAGGCAGAGGAAGAGGAUUACAGCGAGGAAGAAAGUGCCAAAGUGGAACUGAAGCAGGACAGUAACGAUUCCUCCGGAUCAGCGGCGAAAGCAGAGAAAGGGGAUGAGAAACCAGACUCUAAGGGUGCUGUGACUGGUGAGAGGCAAAGCGGGGACGGGCAGGAGAGCACCGAACCCGUGGAGAAUAAAGUCGGGAAGAAGGUUCCCAAGCACCUGGAUGAUGAUGAGGAUCGGAAGAACCCAGCUUAUAUCCCACGGAAAGGGCUCUUCUUUGAGCAUGACCUCCGAGGGCAGACGCAGGAGGAGGAGGUCAGGCCGAAGGGUCGUCAGCGGAAGCUGUGGAAGGACGAGGGCCGCUGGGAGCAUGACAAGUUCCGGGAGGACGAGCAAGCCCCCAAGACCAGGCAGGAGCUGAUCGCGCUCUAUGGCUACGACAUCAGGUCAGCGCACAACCCUGAUGACAUCAAGCCAAGGAGGAUGCGCAAACCGAGGUUUGGGAGUCCUCCUCAGCGAGAUCCAAACUGGUCCAACGAGAGGCCCAGUAAGCCCCCAAGGCACCAAGGGGCAGACAGCACUUCAGCUCCCCCACGAACCUUCACCAACAGGAGCUCUGCAGGGACGGGGAGGAUGCCCCCACCUAGGAAUUACCCGAGGCUGGGGGGCUACAAAGAGAGCCGUCCAGGCUACCGAGCUUCGGAAGCCAGCAUCCAGCAUCUGUCUCGGAAUGGUGAGCAAGUGAAACAGGAGAGCAGCUACCGAGGGAAGCACGCAGAGCAGACCCCACCGAGGGACAAGUCACCUGAGGUGGAAGCAGGGCACGUCCACAGCAGCCCUGUAAGGGAGGAGGUUGCUUUGGAAAACCAAGCCACAGCUGCAGAUGCUGCCCAGCCACCACCAGACAGACCAGUUGAAAAGAAGUCUUAUUCCCGGGCAAGAAGGACCAGAAUCAAAGCUGGGGAUGCAGGGAAGCUGGCGGAUGAAGUGCCCGCUUCGGAAGGGCUGGCUCCUGUGCCUCCAAAACCCGUGCAAGCUGAGACAUCCCUCCCACCAGCCAAGAGCAGCAAUUGGGAGUCACCAGUAGAACCCAGCUUGGAUGGACUCGAGCAAGAAAUGACCCAAAUGAAUCUCGCUGAGCAGAACUGGGCUCCAGGGCAGUCUCAGUUCAUACAGCCCCGGGAGCUGAGGGGUAUUCCUAACCACCACAUGCACGUGGGAACUGGGCCACCACCGCCUCAGUUUAACAGGAUGGAGGAAAUGGCCGUGCAAGGGGGCCGUGUCAAACGCUACUCAUCGCAGCGGCAGAGAGCACCGGUGCCGGAGCCUGCCCCCCCCAUGCACAUCAGCAUCAUGGAAGGGCACUACUAUGACCCACUACAAUUCCAGGGACCAAUCUACACCCACAGUGAGAGCCCAGCCCCGCUGCCGCCCCAGGGGAUGAUCGUACAGCCAGAAAUGCACCUCCCUCAUCCAGGUUUACAUCCCCACCAGACGCCAGCCCCCAUGGCCAACCCUGGCCUGUACCCUCCGCCCGUCUCCAUGCCCCCAGGGCAGCCCCCACCGCAGCAGCUGCUGGCACCCACUUACUUCUCCCCUCCUGGAGUCAUGAAUUUUGGGAAUCCUGGCUAUCCCUACCCACCGGGAGCGCUGCCCCCUCCGCCCCCUCCGCAUCUCUAUUCCAACACACAGGCCCAGUCCCAGGUCUAUGGAGGGGUCACCUACUACAACACUGUCCAGCAGCAAGUGCAGCCCAAGCCUUCUCCUCCUCGAAGGACAUCCCAGCCCGUGACUAUCAAGCCACCACCUCCUGAGGUACCAUCCCCUCGGCACGAGCCCAUGCAUGAGUGAUGCUGAGCCCUCGGGGUGUGCGCGGGGCUGCAGUCUCCCUCUCCCAUCCCAUAUAACGCGUUGUUCCAGGGAAGUCUUUACCUGAUCUUUGACAUGUCCCAUACUUCAGCUUCUCGUUGCAGGUGGGUAGAGAGCAGAGCACUUUAGAGAGAGAAAAACCCAGUCCUAAGCUAGAAGGCAGUGACUUCUCCUGAAGAGACAGCAAAGGGGAAAAAUCCAAGGAGAGGAGCAACACGUAGAGGUGCAGCCAUGGGCAUCCCGACGCCAGCCUCAGCCCCUCGGCAAGGAGGAAGCUCCUGGGGGAAGGCUUCUUCCCUGCGUGUAGGUGAGGCAGCGGGAGGAAAUCAGCUGUGCUCAGGGCCAGGCACCUUCCCCCUCUGGUUUUACCGGUGCCCUCCCAAAACUCAUCUCACUGCUGCUGAUCUGCCCUCCUUCCCCUUCCCUCCCUGCGGAAUCAAGCCCCAGGGCCUUGGGCACACGUUCUCUCAGCUUCUCUCUCCCUUACUAAAUGUCUGCCCCUUUCCCCUCCCUAGGAUGUUAAACUCCAUUGGCUUGGUUGGGGUCUCUCUUUUUAUUUAAGAAAUGAACCAGCUCCUUCAGUAAAGCUGAUUUGUUUCUUUUUGG